AUGACGUGGGAUAUUAAGAAAGUGCUUGUGACCGGAGGAACUGGGUUCAUCGGUGCCCAUAUUGUUGACAACCUUUUAGGUCUGGGAAUUACCGUCAGACUGGCAACAAGAUCCAUGGCUAAGGCGGAAGAGUUCAUUGCCCAGAGACAAAAAUUUGCCGAUCGGAUUGAGCCUUUUCAAAUCGAAGACUUUUGUUCUUCGUCUGACCAGCCCAAUCCUUUCCUCGAGGCAGUCAAAGGGUGCGAUGGAAUAAUUCAUGCAGCCUCUCCUUUGAGUUACGAUGUAACCAAUGCCGAGGAGGAGCUAAUCAAGCCUGCUAUUCGUGGUGUGAAAAUUGUCCUCGAGGCAGCUAUAACCGAGCCCAAGAUUAAAAGGAUUGUUUUGACCUCAUCUUUUGCGUCUGUCAUGGAUGUGGCUAGAGGACCGGGUCCCGGGUUCACCUACACUGGCGAGGACUGGAAUCCUCUGACUUACGAAGAGAGUGCCAAAGCAGACGCAGUUAUUGCCUACAGAGGCUCUAAGAAGUUUGCAGAGCUAGAGGCAUGGAACUUCAUCAAGCACAACAAACCUGGGUUCGACCUGGUGACUUUUUGUCCACCUAUGACAUUUGGCCCAGUUGUUCAUCCCGUUGAAAAUGUUGAGAGUCUGAAUCUUUCUAACAGAAUCUUGUGGGAUAUCUAUGCUGGUGCUGACCCACUUCCCGUUUCGCGUGUUCCUGUCUGGGUUGAUGUCAGGGACUUGGCUCUGGCCCAUGCAAGAAGUUUGAUCACUGAAACGGUAGGUGGUCGGAGGUACGUACCUUCUUCACCGGACAAGUUCUCGUAUGCCCUUGCUGCUAAAAUCAUGAAAGACUCGGGCCUCGGAGAAACUGUCACUGGCACCAUCCCCGAAUCGGAUCUGAAUCCUUUGGGUUACGAUCUGGAUUGGCAAUCGGUCACUAGAGAUCUUGGUGUAAACUUUCACGGGUUCGAGGAAUGUGUCGUUGACUCUAUUACUCAAUUUAAGACUAUUCCUCGAGAAAGCAAAUAG